GUAAAGCUAGCCCUAAAUUCAUUCUCAUUUCUCAGUAACAAUACUCACACUCUCAUCAAGUGAUAAAAUCUGGUUCACAUUGUUGAAUGUAUGAGUUAUAGAAAGAAGUCUAAUCCUAAAGCUACCAACACCAUCUCUGUCUCAUCUUCUCCAAGAACUCAUUUUCUUAGAUCAGCUCAGUGCAACACAAUCUCCUUUCAGAAUUAUUUCAUCAAACUCCACAACAUCUUCUUCUCCAAAGAACCAUGUAAAAGACUGAGAUGCAUUAAGUCAGAACUGUCAAAUUCAUACAAGCUUGAAGCGCGUGCCUUGCUUCAUUGAGAGAGCAGAAGAGCUGAAAGGAAAGGGUGUGGAUGAAAUCAUCUGUAUCAGUGGGAAAAAAGGACUAAUCGUAGUAAUAAGCAAACAAUUAAGACGAAAACGUCCAUUAUCAAGGGACCAUGGAUCCAAUUGUCUCUACAGCUACUCAAAGUGCACUUAAUAUUACAGUAAGUGUGGUCAAACGACAAGUGGGUUACUUCUUUAAUUACAAAGACAAAUAUAAAGAGUUGGAAUCUUACAUUGAGAAGUUGGAACAUAAUAAGGAGAGACUACAACAUCAAGUUGAUAGUGCACUAAGGAGUGCAGAAGAAAUUGAAAAUGACGUUCAACGUUGCUUAACACUCAUGGAUGAUAAGAUAAAAGAAUAUAAAAGUUAUAUCAAUGAUGAUUGUCAUGCAAAGACAAUUUGCUCAAUUGGUUUCUUGCCAAAUAAUUUCCGACUGAGGCAUCAACUGGGUAGAAAAGCUACAAAGAUGGUGGAGGAAAUCAUAGAAGAUGAGCUUUGGAAAACUUCUUUUGACAAUGUUUCGUACCAAGAAUUUCCAUCCAUUGAUGCUACUUUUUCAAACAAUGGUUAUGAAAGCUUUGCAUCAAGAACUAAAACUAUGGAGAUGAUCAUGAAAGCCCUGCAAGACUCUACAGUUGGUAUGAUUGGAGUUUAUGGACCUGGUGGUGUGGGUAAGACCACUUUAGUCAAAGAAAUUGCUAACAAAGCUCGAGAAAAGAAGUUGUUCAAGAUAGUCAUCAUAGCAAAUAUUACUGGAAAUCCUAACUUCAAAAAAAUUCAAGAGCAAAUUGCUGGUAUGCUAGGAAUGAAAUUGGAAGAGGAAAGUGAGAUUGCAAGAGUAGAUCGCAUUCGAAAGAGGUUAAAGAAUGAAAAGGAGAACACCCUUAUUAUCCUUGAUGAUCUUUGGGGUGGAUUGGACUUUAAUAAACUUGGGAUUCCGUGUAAUGAUGAUGCAAGCCAACAAGAAGUCAUUGAAUCUGAUUUUGGUUCCAACAAUGACAUAUCUGAUUUUGGUUUUAAUAAGACAGAAAUAAAAGAGUUGUCAAAAAUUGAUUUGGAUAAGAUGAAAAAUGAAAAGUUGUCCAACGAUUAUAGAGGAGGCAAAAUUCUUCUAACAUCUAGAAAUAAACAAGUAUUAUGUAAUGAAAUGGAUGUGCAAGAAAGCUCAAUUUUUUCGGUAGGAGUCCUUGAUGAAAAGGAAUCAGAGACUUUGCUUAAGAAAGUUGCUGGUGUGAAAAAUUCUGAGUUUGAUAGGAAUGCUACUGAAAUUGCGAAAUGGAGUGCUGGGUUUCCAAUAGCCUUAGUUUCCAUAGGAAGGACACUAAAGAAUAAAAGCUUAUCCACAUGGGAAGAUGUCUGUCAACAAAUUAAAAGACAAAACUUUACAUCAGAAUGGGGAUUUACUGACUUCUCAAUAAAGUUGAGCUAUGAUCAUCUAAAAAAUGAGGAGCUUAAGUGUAUUUUCUUACACUGUGCAAGAAUGGGAAAUGAUGCUUUGAUUAUUGACUUGGUGAAAUUCUGUGUUGGUUUGAAUUUGCUUCCAGGCGUCCACACAUUUACAGAUGCGAGGAGAAGAGUAAAGGAGAUGAUAAAAGAGCUAGAAGAAUCGAGUUUGUUGGUGAAAGGCUAUUCUAUUGACCGCUUCAACAUGCAUGACAUUGUGCGAGAUGUUGCUCUUUCAAUAUCAUCCAAGGAAAAACAUGUGCUUUAUAUGAAAAAUGCAAUACUUGAUGAGUGGCCUCACGAAAAUGACUUUGAAAGGUACACUGCCAUUUUUUUACACUCUUGUGACAUCAAAGAUGAGCUUCCUAAGAGAUUACAUUGUCCUCGAAUUGAAGUCUUACAUAUUGACAAUGACACUGAAUCUUUCAAAAUACCAGAUUACCUUUUUAAAUUUAUGAUUCGACUCAAAGUGUUGGUAUUGACCGGUGUUAAUCUAUCUCGCUUACCUUCAUCAAUUAAAUGCCUAAAAAAACUAAGAAUGCUUUGUUUGGAGAGAUGCACUCUUGGAAAGAACCUAUCCAUCAUUGGUGAGUUAAAUAACUUACGAAUUCUUAGUCUUUCAGGAUCUAAUAUUAAAAAUUUGCCUCCUCAAUUUGGGAAAUUGGAUAAGCUUCAAUUUCUUGACAUAAGCAAUUGCUUAAAACUAAGACAAAUAGCUUCAAAUAUCAUACCUAGGAUGGGCAUUUUAGAGGAGUUUUAUAUGAGAGACAACUUGAUUAUAUGGGAGGCUGAAGAGAAUAUGAAAAGUGAAAAUGCUAGUCUCUCUGAGUUGAGGCACUUGAAUCAGUUACAAAAUCUAGACAUACACAUCCAUAGUUCUUCCCAUUUUCCGAAGAAUUUGUUUUUUGACAGGUUGAAUAGUUACAAGAUUGUCAUUGGUGAAUUCAACUUGUUUAACUUGCUUAAAGUGGGAGAACUCAAAGUCCCUGACAAGUAUGAGGAGGUGAAAUUUUUGGCAUUAAACCUAAAAAAGGGUAUUGUUCAAAAGUGGAUUAAAAUGUUGUUCAAAAGUGUCGAAUGUUUGUUGUUGGGAGAACUCAAUGAUGUUGAAGAUAUUUUCUAUGAAUUAAAUGUUGAAGGAUUUCCAAAUUUGAAACAUUUAUCCAUUGUAAACAAUUUUGGCAUUAAGUAUAUUAUCAAUCCAAGGGAGCGGUUUCACUCUUUANUCGCUUUUCCCAAAUUAGAGUCCAUAUGGCUUUACAAAUUGGAUAAUUUGGAAAUAAUAUGUGACAAUCAGCUUGUAGAGACCUCUUUCCGCAAUUUAAAGGUUAUCAAGAUUCAAACAUGCAUUAAAUUGAUAAACCUUUUCCCGUUUUCUAUGGUUAGACUCCUCACUAUGCUUGAAACAAUUGAAGUGUGUGAUUGUGAUUCUUUGAAGGAGAUAGUUUCAAAAGAAAGUCAGACUCAUACUAUUAGCGAUGAUAAGAUUAAUUUUCCCCAUUUACGACUUUUAACAUUGAAGUAUCUACCAACAUUUAUUUCUUUAUAUAAUGUUGAUAAGAUUCCUAGUAGUGCACACUCGUUGCAAGACCAAGUAUUCCAACAAAGGAACAAAGAUAUUGUUGUUGAAGUUGAGCACAGGGUCACCAAUUCUUGUCUUCCACUCUUCAAUGAAAAGGUCUCAACUCCCAAAUUAGAAUGGUUGGAGUUAUCCUCCAUCAACAUCCAUAAGAUAUGGAGUGACCAAUGUAACCAUUGUUUUAAAAAUUUGCUUACAUUGAAUGUGACAGAUUGUGGUAAUAUGAAGUAUUUACUAUCAUUCUCUAUGGCUGGAAGUUUGGUGAAUCUUCAAAGCAUUUCUGUAAGUGAAUGUGAAAUGAUGGAGGAUAUAUUUCGUCCAGAAGAUGCAGAGUAUAUUGAUGUUUUUCCUAAGUUGAAGAAAAUGGAGAUUAUCUGCAUGGGGAAACUCUGUACUAUUUGGAAAUCUGAUAUUGGUUUACAUUCCUUUUGCAAUUUGAACUCUUUGAUGAUAAGAGAGUGCCGUAAACUUGUUACAAUUUUUCCUACUUAUAUGGGGCAAAGAUCGCAAAGCCUUCAAAGCUUGACAGUUACAGAUUGCGAAUUGGUUGAAAACAUAUUUGAUUUUGCAAAUAUUCCGCACCCUAGUGAUAUUAUCGAAGCAAAUUUGGGUAAUAUAUUUCUAGAAAACCUGCCAAAUUUGGUGAACGUAUGGAAGGGUGACACCGGUGAAAUACUCAAAUGUAAUAAUUUGCAAAGCAUAAGAGUUGAUGAGAGUCCAAAAUUGAAAUAUCUCUUUCCAGUUUCUAUUGCCAAUGACCUAGAAAAACUAGAAGUCCUUGAGGUACGGAAUUGUUGGGCAAUGACAGAGAUUAUUGGUUUGGACAAGCAUUCAAGUGAAACUGCUAUUACCUUUAAAUUUCCUCAUCUAAACAUUCUAUCAUUAAAAGACUUGCAUAGCUUGAGGAGUUUCUACUCAGGAAUUCAUACUUUAGAGUGGCCACCAUUAAAGAAAUUGGAAAUAGUUGACUGCAGCAUGCUUGAAGGAUUGACUUCAGAAAUCACAAAUUCAAAAGAGCAACCAAUUGUUUUAGCUGCAAAAAAGGCAAUAUAUAACUUGGAAUACAUGUCGGUGAGCUUGAAGGAAGCAGAGUGGUUGCAGAAAUACAUUGUUAAUAUUCACAGAAUGCACAGACUAGAAGAAGUUACUUUGUAUGGGUUGAAGAAUAAUAAAAUUCUCUUUUGGUUUCUUCAUAGACUUCCCAAUUUGAAAAUUUUAACAUUGGAACUUUGUCUCAUGAAAAGAAUUUGGACUCCUCAAAGUCUUAGAUCAGGUGAAAAAAUAGGUUGUGCUAUGCAACUUAAAGAGUUAGAUUUACGUAGCAUGUGGUUUCUAGAGGAGAUUGGUUUUGAGCAUGAUGUGCUUCUUCAAAGGGUAGAACGCUUAAUCAUCAGUGGAUGCAAAAAAUUGAGAAAUCUAGCAUCAUCCUCGGUAUCUUUUAGUUACUUAACAUCCAUAGAAGUGGUGAACUGUAUGAUGAAGAAUUUAAUGACACUCUCAACUGCUAAAUCCUUGGUUCAACUCACAACGAUGAAAGUAAGUUCAUGUCCAUUAAUUGUGGAAAUUGCUGCAGAAAAUGAAGAGGAAAACGUACAAGAGGUUGAGUUUAAACAAUUAAAAUCAUUAGAAUUGGUGUCUCUACAAAAUCUCACAUGUUUCUCUAAUGUUGAGAAGUGUGACUUAAAAUUCCCACUACUAGAAAAAUUAGUAGUAAGUGAAUGCCCUCAGAUGACAAAAUUAUGUGAAGUCCAAAGUGCUCCAAAGCUACAAAAAGUACAUGUUGAAGCAGGAGAUAAAGACAAAUGGUAUUGGGAAGGUGAUUUGAAUGCCACUCUACAAACACACUUCACAAACCAGGUUUCUUUUGAAUAUUCGAAGGAUAUAAAUCUUGUUGAAUAUCCCGAGGGGAAAGUUCGACAUGACAAAUUUGCCUUUCCGGACAAUUUCUUUGGUUGUUUGAAGAAAUUGAAAUUCGAUGAAGCAUGUAAAAGAGAUACUUUGAUUCCCUCUCAUGUACUACCUUACUUGAAGAACUUAGAAGAACUGAAUGUGGAGAAAUGCGAAUCAGCACAACUAAUAUUUGACAUAGAUGAGAGUGAAAUCCAGACGUAUGGAAUGGUGUUUCGUUUGAAAACGCUUACUUUAAAACACUUGUCAAAUUUAAAAUGUGUAUGGAAGGAAAAUAUCGAAGGAGUUGUCAGCUUUUCCAAUUUGAAAAGAGUGCAUGUUGAUGGUUGUGGAAGCCUAGUAACAUUGUUCCCUUUAUCACUUGCCAAACAUCUUGGGAAGUUGAAUACACUUUAUAUAAAUAACUGUGUGAAAAUGGUAGAAAUAGUGAGAAGGGAAGAUGACAUGGAACAUAGACCGACAAUAAUGUUUGAAUUCCCUUGUUUGUCAUAUCUAAUUCUUGAAAACAUGCGGCUGUUGAGUUGCUUUUACCCUGGAAAGCAUCAUCUAGAAUGUCCCCAGUUAGAUUCGUUACAUGUGGCAUGGUGUCCUAAGCUGAAGCUUUUCAGAUCAAGUUUGCUACGAAAACCUUUGUUCUCGAUUCAAGAGGUUUCUCCCAAACUAGAGGGACUAACACUCAAUAAGCAAAACAUUAAGCUAAUGAGUGAUUCUCGUUUGCCAGAAGACCUUCUUUAUAAAUUAAAAUAUCUUAUUCUAAUCUUUGAGGAUGAUUACAAUGGGAAAUAUAGUUUGCCUUUUGAUUUCUUUCACAAGCUACCCAAUUUACGAUGGCUUCAAGUACAGAAAUGCUUUGGUCUGAAGGAGAUAUUUCCCUCUCAAAAGCUUCAAGUUCACGACAAAGUACUUGCUGGAUUGAAACAAUUAAAUUUGUUCGAAUUAAAGGAGUUGGAGUGUAUAGGUUUAGAGCACACGUGGGUACAACCAUACACUGAAAAACUUGAAAAGUUAGUUCUCUACAAGUGCCCUCUAGUAGAAAGAAUAGUUUCUUGUGAAGUGUCAUUCAUCAAUCUUAAAUAUUUAUAUGUGAUGUACUGCGAAAGGAUGGAGUAUUUAUUCACGUUUGCAACACUUAAAAGUUUGGUGAAACUUGAGACUCUAAGCAUAGGAUAUUGUGGAUCAAUCAUAGAAAUUGCAAGAAAUGAAGAGGAAGAUGGUUGUGAUGAGAUAAUAUUUGGACGACUCAGAUGGAUUAAGCUGGAAUACUUACCGAGGCUAAUAAGCUUUUAUUCAGGAAAUGCCACCUUGCAAUGCCAAUGUUUACAAGCUAUGAUAGUAACUGAAUGUCCCAAUAUGAUAACUUUCUCUGGAGGAGUCAUAAAACUAGCAAUGUUUUCUGGGAUUCAAACAUCCGAAGAUUCUGAUUUCACUUUCAACGUCGAUCUCAAUACAACUAUCGAAAGCUUAUUUCAUGAAAAGGAUUUUUCCAACUACUCAAAGCUUAUGAUUCUUCAUGAUUAUCUUGGAAUGAUGCGAGUUCAACACACAAAACCUACUGCAUCAGACAAUUUUUUUGGCAGUUUUAGGAGGUUGGAAUUCGAUAUAACGUGCAAUAGAUCCUUCGUAAUUCCAUCUCAUAUAUUUCCUUACUUGAAGAACUUAGAAGAAUUGAAGGUGCAUAGCUCCGAUGAAGUGGAAGUAAUAUUUGACACUGAUGAGAUUGAGGUUGAGACAAAGGGAAUAAUUUUUGGGUUGAAAAAGCUUAUAUUAUACGACUUGUCAAAUUUAAAAUGUGUAUGGAGGGAAAAUCUAGAAGAAAUUGUCAGCUUUUCGAAUUUGCAAGAAGUGGAUGUUGAUGGUUGUGGAAGUCUAGUAACAUUGUUCCCUUUAUCAGUUGCCAAAAAUCUUGGGAAGUUGGAGUCACUUGAUAUAAAGAAAUGUGAGAAAAUGGUAGAAAUAGUUGGAAGGGAAGAUGAAAUGGAACAUGGAACGACAAUAAUGUUUGAAUUCCCUUGUUUGUCAUAUCUAUAUCUUGAAAAGAUGCCCCUGUUGAGUUGCUUUUAUCCUGGAAAGCAUGAUCUAGAAUGUCCCAUGUUAGAUAAGUUAUAUGUGGAAUGUUGUCCUAAGCUGAAGGUAUUCAGAUCAAGCUUUGAUGAUGAUAGUAAAAACGAAGAAGUUUUAGAGGCUCCAACUAACUUGUUACAGCAACCUUUGUUCUCGAUUGAAAAG